UGCCGUCCUUCCGGAAGUUAUUGCUGGGCUGCCGGAAGAAGGCAGGGAACCCGGAAGUAAACAUUACGGGUUCGCUUCGUUCGUGGCGGAUGGUUUUGGCGUGGUCUGUGCCGGGACUGGAGGAAGCCAGUUCAUCAUGUCGGCGGCAGCUGUAGAUACGGUUAAUGCCACCCCCCUGUCGGGGUCAAAAGAGAUGAGUUUGGAGGAGCCAAAGAAGAUGACCAGAGAAGACUGGAGGAAAAAGAAGGAGCUAGAAGAACAGAGAAAACUGGGCAAUGCCCCUGCAGAAGUUGACGAAGAGGGGAAAGAUAUCAACCCUCAUAUUCCUCAGUACAUUUCUUCGGUUCCAUGGUACAUUGAUCCAUCAAAGAGACCCACUUUAAAGCAUCAGAGACCACAGCCAGAGAAACAGAAGCAAUUCAGUUCCUCUGGGGAAUGGUACAAGAGAGGUGUAAAGGAGAAUUCUAUAACUACCAAAUACCGAAAGGGGGCAUGUGAAAAUUGUGGGGCCAUGACACACAAGAAGAAAGAUUGCUUCGAGAGGCCACGGCGGGUUGGAGCUAAAUUCACAGGCACUGACAUCGCUCCAGAUGAGCACAUCCAGCCUCAGCUGAUGUUUGACUAUGACGGGAAGAGAGACCGAUGGAACGGCUACAAUCCAGAAGAGCACAUGAAAAUCGUUGAGGAGUACGCCAAAGUUGACCUGGCAAAACGAACAUUGAAAGCUCAGAAACUGCAAGAAGAGUUAGCCUCCGGAAAAUUAGUGGAACAAGCCAAUUCUCCAAAACAUCAGUGGGGAGAAGAGGAACCCAAUUCUCAGAUGGAAAAGGAUCAUAACAGUGAAGAUGAAGAUGAAGAUAAAUACGCGGAUGACAUUGACAUGCCCGGGCAGAAUUUUGACUCUAAGAGACGCAUUACUGUUCGGAAUCUCAGGAUUCGCGAAGAUAUUGCAAAAUAUUUGAGAAACUUAGAUCCAAAUUCUGCCUAUUAUGAUCCAAAAACUAGAGCCAUGAGAGAGAAUCCUUAUGCCAAUGCCGGAAAGAAUCCAGAUGAAGUGAGUUACGCUGGAGAUAACUUUGUUAGAUACACAGGAGAUACCAUUUCAAUGGCUCAAACACAGUUGUUUGCUUGGGAAGCCUAUGACAAGGGAUCUGAAGUGCAUCUCCAGGCCGAUCCUACAAAACUAGAGCUGCUGUAUAAGUCCUUCAAAGUCAAAAAAGAAGACUUCAAGGAGCAGCAGAAAGAAAGCAUCUUGGAAAAGUAUGGUGGCCAAGAACACUUGGAUGCUCCUCCAGCUGAGCUGCUGCUGGCCCAGACAGAAGACUAUGUGGAGUACUCCAGGCAUGGAACAGUCAUUAAAGGCCAGGAGCGGGCUGUCGCCUGCUCCAAGUAUGAGGAAGAUGUGAAGAUCCAUAACCACACGCACAUCUGGGGAUCUUACUGGAAAGAAGGCCGGUGGGGAUAUAAAUGUUGUCACUCAUUUUUCAAGUAUUCCUAUUGCACUGGAGAAGCUGGGAAGGAGAGUGUUAAUUCGGAGGAGUGUAUUCUAAAUGAUGCAACUGGAGAAGAUUCUGUGAAGAAACCUCAGACCCUCAUGGAGCUGCAUCAGGAAAAACUAAAAGAAGAGAAGAAGAAGAAAAAGAAGAAGAAGAAACACCGGAAGAGCAGUUCCGACAGCGAUGACGAGGACAGAAAGCACGAGAAACUGAAAAAGGCACUGAAUGCAGAGGAGGCCCGCCUUCUUCAUGUCAAGGAGAUCAUGCAGAUUGAUGAGCGGAAGCGGCCUUACAACAGCAUCUAUGAAAGCCGGGAGCCCACUGAAGAAGAAAUGGAGGCCUACAGAAUGAAACGACAGAGGCCAGAUGACCCCAUGGCCUCUUUCCUGGGACAGUAGUAACUAGUUAGGAUCGAGUCCAUACACAGCAUGUUCAUUCCAGCUCCUGCUGACUAUAGAUAGGAAACCUCGUCUGUCUUUGUUGCAGCCUGGCAUUAAUAAAGUUUUCAGAAGUCUGAAAUCAUUCUCCACAGUAAAGAAACAAAGCAAGCCAGAAAGAGCAUACAGUUGUGGGUUAAGGUUAAAAUCAUGCAUUCUAAUUAGAUUUGGAAGAGACUUUGGCUGUCUUCCCCUCAAGAGCGUCUUGCAGAGCCUGGCACCUAAGAGUGGUGAAGGCAGGGGAUCCAGAGUUCAAGGUCAGCCGAGUGUGGUGGUACACACCUGCAAUCCUAGCACUCAGGAGAUUGUGCAAGAGCCACCCUUAGCUACAUACCUAGCUUGAGACCAGCCUGCAUUACACGAGGCUUUGUCUCAAAAGUCUGUGACUGUCCUAGGCUACAAAGCAAGUUGGUCUCAAAUUUAAGAAAAAAAUAAGCCAUCUGUUCCAUAGUUAGCUCUCUGUGUGCAGUCUUCUGGUCUCGUGAUUAUAGCAGCACCAUGUUGGAGGUAGGUCCUCGCUCUUACAGCCAAAGCUCCAGUUCUUGUUAACAGCAAUUCCAGUAGUGACAUCACUAAUAACUCAAUAAUUGCAGUUCUUUUAUAGGAUUCAGUUUUGCCUUCUAAGAUUUUGUUGGUUUUAAAAAACAAAUAUUCUGCCGGGCGGUGGUGGCACACGCCUUUAAUCCCAGCACUCGGGAGGCAGAGCCAGGUGGAUCUCUGUGAGUUCGAGGCCAGCCUGAGCUACCAAGUGAGUCCCAGGAAAGGCGCAAAGCUACACAGAGAAACCCUGUCUCGAAAAACCAAAAAAAACAAAAACAAAAAAAAAAAAACAAAACAAAUAUUCUAUCUCCAUCUGCAUCACCAGAAGGAAUUCUGCAAAGCAUGUAAAUAUCUGUGUCCCCAUAAUCUGAAUAAUAAAUCUAUUUUUCACUUGGUUGUUAAAUUUUGGGGUUUCGUGCAUUUCCUUGUACCUUACAUCUAAAAUGCUUAGCUUUUGAAUGGUCAGCAUUGACUGCUUCAGACUUACUUUGCUGAACAUGAAUUUUUAGACCUAGAACUCCCUUCUUUUAUGAUAGGAGAUGUGGUUUUUACUACUCUACGUCAUUCAAUUCUAGUCUUCAUAACAGUUACAGAAGAUCAGACAUCUAGUUACCUAGUCUGCAUACCCAGCAGGUAUCACUUGAUAAAAUUUGAAGAGCAGAGCCGGGCGGUGGUGGCGCACGCCUUUAAUCCCAGCACUCGGGAGGCAGAGCCAGACGGAUCUCUGAGUUCGAGGCCAGCCUGGGCUACCAAGUGAGUUCCAGGAAAGGCGCAAAGCUACACAGAGAAACCCUGUCUCGAAAAACCAAAAAAAAAAAAUUUGAAGAGCAGAAAAACUUGAAGCUGAAGGUUCUUCAAAGCCAUGUUAAAGAUAGCUUCCUGGCAGAGGAAAAGCAACUGAAUCAGAUUAUCAAAUACCCGGCUGUCCAUGGUGUCAGUCCUCAGACUGAGACUGAAACCACAAUGCAGCCUUGGGGAAUUCACUCAGUCCGAGAAGGGCUUCCUUGCAAGCCCCAGGAUGUGAGUUUGAGCUCCAGGGCCCACAUAAAAGAGAGAGAAAGCAGUCCAGCCAGAUACAGUGGUGGUGCUUGUAAUCCCAGGCCCGGAGAGGCAGACAGACAGAUGGCCAGCCAGCCCAGCCAAAUCUGCAAGUACCAGGCCAGUGAGCAGCAUCCGAGGAACAGGUUGUGUGACCUCUACACACAUGCCAUGAUCGUGUAUCCGCAGAAAUACACAAAACUAUAAUGCAAAUAGAUCUCUGAUCAUAAAGGCCAAAAUUGUGUUCUAUCCCUGCCUCAGCAUGGGUGGUUUAACAGUCGGUCCUUGGUGUCUGUUUUGUGUAUUGCUUUGUUAAUAAAGAUGAGAAACCUG